GUUGGCUGGCAGUGACAAAGUAAAGCUGUUCCUUUCUUCAAAACUCCGAAGUUUCAAACAAAUUAUAAGAAAAAAAAGAGAAAAAAUUGUAACUAACCUCAUCAAGUUCCACCGAAAAACCUGCGUCACCUUUUUCCUCGCCGAGUUGGCGACUCAGCAUCAUCGAUGGACGAGUCGGGUUCCGCUUCCUCUCCGCCGCGUCCGAUGGUCAUUGACGGCGGUGGCCACGACGCGGCUCUGGCGAACUCGCGAUUCCUGACUCGGGAAGAGGUUCUCCGGCGCCGGCUCCGGCGAUUGAAGCAACUGAGUCGGUGCUACCGGGGCCACUAUUGGGCCCUGAUGGAAGAGCUCAAGUCCAAGUAUAGAGAGUACUAUUGGACCUAUGGCAAAAGCCCCUUUAAGGAGGAUCACGCCGACAGCGACAACGAGAAUCCAAACGGCGUCGUCUCUGGUGUUGGUGAUGAUAUCGUACGGUGUCGUUUUGGUGGGUGCAAGACUAAGGCUAUGGCUUUAACCAAGUAUUGCCACGCUCAUAUAUUGUCCGAUUCAAAACAGAUGCUUUAUCAGGGAUGCAGAGCCGUAGCCAAAAAUUUGCCAACAGGGCCUUCUUUUUGUAAUAAGCCAGUAUUGAGGUCCAUGGUUCCUUCUGCAUGCCCCACUCAUUACCAAUUGGGUGAAAGGUGUUUGGCUCGUGCACUAAGAAGGGCAGGGGCAGGGGCAGGGAAUACUAUUCCUCCUAAUCGUAAGCCUACUCUGAAGUUCCAUGUAAUAGCUUCUGAAUUUGUUCAUCAAAUUCAAAAUAAACGAAAGGUUGCAUUGAAGGAUACUGCUCCUAAAGCUGAGACUGAAAAAGAAACAAAACUAAUCAGCUAAUUAUAGAAUAUAAUAUUGAUUUUCUAAACAUUGCAGUGUAUAGAAUGGACAUUUUCACUCUCUGAUAUAUAAUAUUAUGAUUUAAUGGUGAAGCAUUAGGUGCCAAGAAAAAAAAAAAACCUUUUUCUCUAAUAUCUGUACAUGUUCGUAGUUUUUUCUGCCCUUGCUUAUUUCUUUCUUAGUCAUAUAAAAUGGGCAACAUAACAAUUUAUCCAAUUAUUUGUUUUUGGACUAAGAAUUUGUAUCUGAUUCUGAAGUUUUGUUUGCAUGGAUUGGGAAUCGCAACAUAGAAUUUUGAUUCUGCAUGAUCAUAUGCCAAACUCACUUAAUUCUGGUGCCUGGGAUUCUUGGUUUAUUUAAAGGAAUUAAGAUACAAAUUACGUAUAAUUUAUUUUAUAUUAUUUGUUUAACAAGGUUUCCUCUGAGGUUCAUUGAUUAAAGAAGACGCCUUAACAGACAUUUAAGAUUUUGACUAAUGUGAAAAUGCCAUCAGAAUAGGGAAUUUGAAACCAAGUAGAAUUAACAUAGAUCUAUUUUUGACUAACUGCAUUUUGUUGGCAUGAUAGUUCUGUUAUUUUCUUGCAUUGCCAAGGGACCAAAGUCCUAACUAUAUUGAGUUCCCUAAGUGACUUGAUGUGAUGAAAUAAAAUGAAAAAGGUAUGGAUGAUGCCUUGUUCAUUACCAUUUGGUUGAUAUGGAUUCAGAAGAAUGUGGUAAUAUUUAUAAUGGUCAUGUCAACUUUCUUAGCUUAUGGAUUUGAUAAAACUUGAAUCUUGGUAUUAUAUCAGGAUUAGAGUUGUAUCCUUGGAGGGAAAUUUGCCUGUUCAAGAUGGUGCGUCAAAUGUUUUAUUGUAUGAAACAAAUUUGUAUAGGAUAGAUUCACUUUGACUUUGGAUGUAAAUGGGUUUGGAGUGUUCAUUAUGCUCAUGAAUUUGAUUUGGUGUCUUAUAAAGGAACAUUCUCUAAGCAUUAUGAAACCGAUCUAUGAAAUAUACUGUACGAGUCUUCUUCAAGCCUUAACGUAGCUUCUUUCUAGCACUUUUGGAUUUCUUCUACAGCUUUCCAAUUUGAAGCUUUAGCUUUGGUUCAGUCUUGGUGAACUAAAGGUCUUACAGCUGAAACAGAAUAGGGACAUUUAUAUAAAUUGAAUUAUUCUCUAAAUACAAUAGGGACAAUCUUGGUAAACUAAAGGACUAUGGUCAGUCUUACUCUUCUCUAAAUUCAUAGCUUAAGCUAACUCCUUAUUCAAAAAAGGAUUCAAAUGGCACAAGUUUCCCUAGUCUCAUGAUAACUUCAUUCAUACGUCUUAAUUUUGAGUGAGAGCAGUAUCUUCGUUUUGUUCUCCUUAUAAGGCAUUUUGGUUUGGUAAUAAUAAAGGUGACAAUAAAUAGUUUGGUCCGUGAAGGAUUGUAUGUAGAUAGUUAGAGCUGAGACUUAAAUGCUAGGAGUUUGGAUGCGCAUGACCACAAGUUGUGGUAAUCAUUUUUAAUGAUCUUAAUUAAUGUGCGAUUAAAUAAACCAGAAAAGAAAUGUGCUAUAAAAGAUGUAUACGUAGAAAUAACAUGAUGAAUUUAACUUCUUUUAUAUAUUAAAAUUUUCCGUUUUGUUAACUAAUUUAUGAUUCUUUGAAAACCCUGAUCAGGUCGUAGUUUAGUCGAUCGUUUUAUCUCAAGUUUGAAUAUUUAGAUGUGAGGUUUUAGAUGCAAAAUAUUACCAUUGUCAAUAAAUAUCAGGUUCAUUUUAGAAUUGAGUUAAAUAUAAGGUUAUUUCCCGAUAACUAAAUCCCUUUUCUGCCCUUCAACAUCCUUGGUUUAUUGUUUAAAUACAAAGUAGUUCAUUUAUUAAUAAAUGCUACUGAAAAAGAAAGCAGAAAAACACGAGGUUGAAUUGAGUUUUGUCUCCUUUAUAAAGUUUUUGCAAACUACUAAAAAAUUGUUAAACAACUGUUAGUUUAUGAGACAGACGAAGAACUACUCUAGUUUAUGAUACAGACAAUGUGUUUUGCAUAACUUCAAAGAAUUUUCAAAAGGAUUAAAAAAAAAAGAAGCUCUCCAAUCCAACAAUCCUUUUAUGUUGGAUAAAUAAAUGAGGGAUAUGAAAGAGAGAUUAAACUUCGAGAGUUGUGCCGGAUCACCCCCAUAAAACUUAAGGAUACGUUUGGCCUUUACAAAUUAUCAAAAAUUUCACUAAAGUAGUUGAAUCAAAUAUAAAGCAUAUCACUCUAAGUAAUUUUGUGUAAGCUUCACCAUGUUCUAUAAUUUGUUUUUUCCUCCCCAAGUUUCUCUAAACGACGAACUCCUAAGAAC